CUUUAUUUCCUUCUGUUGCGAAUUGCACAUGAUAAUCCAGUCCGGGUUUUGCCUUGUGUCCUGUUUCUAGGAUCUGUGAGCAUCCAGAGGCGGAGGGUUUUUUUAUAUCCCAGGAUCUCUCUUACUCCGAGCUUUCAGUCUCAGCCUGUCCGAGUGAACUUCACUGAUCAGGCACACAUCAGGAUUUCAUCCACACUUAAGGAUCCAUGAGGGUGGGCUUAGCUCUGCAACAUUCAGAGUGGAUCGGUAGAGGAAAAAGCGACGACUUCUUGCCUUUUUAGUAGUCACCCUGGACUAUAUAUCUGUACGUAUGUAUGUACAUAUAUCCUAAUAUACGGCCGGGGGAGAUCUCGUGGAAAUCAGCGACCGCUACCUGGAGACUUCGCCUCAGCUCCCCAGCGCGGUAUUUGACAGGACUUUUAAGGGGACUUCGUACGGGUUUGGGCUGGGGCUAAAAAGUGUAUUUUCAACAUCUGUGUGCACACACCAUGUCUUGGAUUUCUGCUCUCUUGGCAGUGCUUUGCACUUUAACUGUGUUUUAUGGUUCGGUUCUGGCUGAUGCGAAAGCUCGGACCUGUUCUGAGGUGAGACAAGCUUACAGUGCGAAAGGAUUCAGCCUCAGCAACAUCCCCUACCAAGAGAUUUCGGGGGAGCAUCUGCGAAUAUGUACACAAGGUUAUACAUGCUGCACCUCAGAAAUGGAGGACAAGCUGAGCCAACAAAGUAAAUUGGAAUUUGAAAACAUGGUAGAAGAAACAAGUCAUUUUCUGCGCACAACAUUUGUUUCCAGACAUAAGAAGUUUGAUGAAUUCUUCAGAGAACUGUUGGAAAAUUCUGAGAAGUCACUGAAUGACAUGUUUAUACGGACAUAUGGCCGAUUGUACAUGCAGAAUUCAGAAGUGUUCCAGGAUCUCUUCACAGAAUUAAAGCGAUACUACACAGGUGGCAAUGUAAACCUGGAAGAGAUGCUCAACGAUUUCUGGGCCCGUUUACUGGAACGUAUGUUCCAGCUGGUAAACCCUCAGUACCAUUUCACAGAGGACUACCUCGAAUGCAUCAGCAAAUACACCGACCAGCUCAAACCAUUUGGAGAUGUGCCUCGAAAGCUGAAGAUACAGGUGACAAGGGCUUUUGUUGCAGCUCGGGCCUUUGUGCAAGGUUUGACUGUUGGCAGGGAAGUUGCCAAUAGAGUAUCAAAGGUCAUUCCAACACUAGGGUGCAUUCGUGCACUAAUGAAGAUGAUGUAUUGUCCUUACUGCCAUGGACUCCCCACUGUGAAACCUUGCAACAACUACUGUCUUAAUGUAAUGAAGGGCUGCCUGGCCAAUCAGGCCGAUUUGGACACGGAGUGGAACCUUUUCAUUGAUGCUAUGCUCUUGGUAGCAGAAAGGUUGGAAGGGCCUUUCAAUAUUGAAGCUGUCAUGGAUCCAAUUGAUGUGAAGAUUUCUGAUGCCAUCAUGAAUAUGCAGGAGAACAGCAUGCAAGUGUCAGCUAAGGUUUUUCAAGGAUGUGGUCAGCCGAAACCAAUCCAACCUGGGCGUAAGUCACGCUCCAUUUCAGAAAAUUUUAACAUAAGGUUCAGGCCCUACAGCCCUGAGGAGCGUCCGACCACUGCAGCUGGCACAAACUUGGACAGACUGGUUACCGACGUUAAAGAGAAACUGAAGUUGGCUAAGAAGUUCUGGUCCACAUUGCCUUACACCAUUUGUAAUGAUGAGAAAGUGACAGCUGGGGCGCCUGUUGAAGAAGACUGCUGGAAUGGACAUACCAAGGGCAGGUACCUGCCUGAAAUUAUGAAUGAUGGUCUGACCAAUCAAAUCAACAACCCAGAAGUAGAUGUGGACAUCACUAGACCAGAUACAAUGAUUCGUCAGCAGAUCAUGGCGCUUAGAGUGAUGACCAACAAACUGAAGAAUGCUUAUAAUGGAAAUGAUGUAAACUUCCAAGAUUCAAUUGAUGAAGCAAGUGGCUCUGGGAGUGGUAGCGGCUGCACCGAUGAGAUGUGUCCUCCAGAGUUUGACUUUGCAACAACUGAGGCGCCACCAGGGCCCAACAAGAGUGAGCCAAAAGGUUCUACAGCAGUCAGACCUUGCCCACAUUGGCUGGCUAUAUUUGUCAUCUCUCUACUCCUGGUACUACAAAGACAGUGGAGAUAAUCAGUGACAUACAAUAGUGAUACUGCCUUUAAAUCAAGGACAAACACUCUUUUCCUUUUGGAUAUGCCAUCAAACACACACCAUCUUAGAACGGUAACAGUUUUAAAGCAGAGAGGUACUGUCGCCUGCUGCCCCUUUACCCAAAGACCACUAGGUGCCAUUCAGGUACAGUCAACCAGUGCUAGGUUGCUUUAUAUUCACCCAGACCUCAGAUGAAAAGAAAAACUCUCUGAAGAUUGCUCACCUGCAGUUGGCUUUGUUCCAGAAACAAGACAUCAUCCUCUCUGCUUAUUUUAUGCAGCUAAAGAAACAGGAUUCAAUAAAGACUUGGCCUGGACUUGUUAUGAUUUAUACAUUAAUUAUGAUUUUAAUAUCUAAGUUCUACUUUUACAGUUUCCACAACACAAAAGGAACGGCUGCAAAAUGUUCUGGAUAAUAGGAAGUGUAUCUGAUGUUUCUCUUUACAGAGACUUAGAAACUAACAGUGAAGUUCAGUAACGACAGUGGUUGAAUGAUGCAUGAAUGUUGUUGGUUUAUUGGCACAGUUCCUCUCAACCAAUCAACCACUUUGUUGGAUUGUCAAUUAGGAAAUAUGAAAUAUGCAGUUUUGUUAACAGAUGAAUUUAUAAUUGGCUUUUUUUGUAAACUGAGCAAUUUGGAGUGUUAUAGAGCUUUCAGAACAAAUGACUACAUAAACAUUAUAAUGAACAGCUGGUGAAAAAAACCAAGAUAUUUGGUAACAAAUAAAGGGAUUUAAUAUUGUACUUUUAAUAAGACAUGUGAUAUGUGCCAUGUUGCCAAUCACAACAGAAGAAAGACAUAGGAAGGUUAUGGCCUCUGACCUUGCUGUUUUUUUGCUGGUGUUCCUAAUCCAAUGAAAAUGGUCCUGUAUGUGUAUCCAAUUAUCCCUAAUGCUCUUCUGUUUGCCUGUUGUUCCAUGUCUUCUUAAUAGGUUCCUUAACAAGUUAUAAUCCUACCGAUGCCAGCCAUUUAAGAAACUCAAAAAAAGCAAAAUUCUAAUUUUAUUUUCAACUUUUAGUUCUAGUGGUAGUCAUCUAUUUUUAUAUUAAAAAAUUUAAGUAAUUCUAAGUGUUAGCUCAGGGUUUAAAUGUCAUUGUAUUACCUGCAUUUUACCAUAUCUCGAAUGCUCAGCACAAUAGUGACUCGGGAACAUUUAUAUUGAAAAAGGACAAAUUAUACAGCUGUAGAAACACCAGUUGGCAAUGUAAUUGGUGAGUGGUUCUUGUUGACACCACUCAUAUUGAAGAAAGCAUCUGACAAUUUUAUAGGUUUUGCCUUUGCUGUUCUGUGACACAGGUAAAUCUGUAAUGAGUGGUUAAAUUCGCUUCCUUACAUGCUAUCUAUCUGAUGCAAUCUGGGUGAAAUUCUCAGGUUUUGUGGUAACAGCAUGUAUUAUUGAAGGGAAAAUUAAAAUCCAUGCCUUUCAA